AUGGGAUCGCCGCCGCCGGCAGCCGUCCCCACCGCACCUGCUGAUCGCCCUGCGCGGCUGAGCCGACUGCCCGUCGACAUGCACCACCACCGUCCAUCGCCAGGGCCUCAAUGGCCUCGAUCGCGCGCAGCCCGGCCUGCCGCCGCCCUGACCCGCCCGACGCCGCCGCCGCCGCCGUUCGCCGCCGCCGCCCUGGGCCGUCUGGCCUCCGUCUUACUUCUUGCAGCUCUAGCCCUUUGCCUCGACCUGCGCCUGCCAACCGCGGCCGCUGCCGCCGCGCCCCGCCUGCCCGGCGGCGAGCUGGCUGUGCGUGCAGCCAACGCCUCCUCGCAGCUGGUCGUGCUCGAGGCCGACCCGCCGCUGUUGGCGCCGGCCCAGCCCGCCUGCCAGCAGACGUUGAUGGUCCAUGUCUUUGCCUACAGCUACGGCGAUCCCUUUGUUGGCACGUACGUCCCGCCUGCAUGCGACUUUAACCGGGUCACGUUCAACCUGACCGUCACCUCGCGCGGCCGGCAGUUUGACCGACUGGCUCUGAUGUACUUCAACGACACCGAGAUAUUCCGGACCUCGACUGCCGAGCCCACGCCCAACGGCAUCGUGUGGACCUACAUCAAGGACAUGUCGGCCUUGACCCCCCUGUUCCGAGAGCCUCAGAAGAUCAUCUUCGACCUGGGCAACCUGAUCGAUGACACGUACACCGGCUCGUUUAACACGACUCUGACCGCCUCAUUCUAUGCAGACCCUGAGUCGUCGUUCACGCCAGCAGACGUCGUCUUACCUGUUUCAGCCCGCAGAUCCUCCACCGAUAGCGCUAGCGCCUUCAAUCUGCCGGCUGACAAUGCAACAAACGCGCUAUCUCUCCCCCGGAACGUCGACCGCGCCGUCUUUUCCAUCUCGGCCAACGGACAGUCGACCGAGGAGUUCUGGUGGGCCAACGUGCUAUCCUCCGAUGUCUCAGCCUUCGGCUCCGCAACAACCCUAUACGGCUUCUCGCCUUGGCGCGAAGUGCAGCUCUACAUUGAUGGCGCCUUAGCCGGUGUUGUGUGGCCGUUUCCCGUCAUUUUCACUGGUGGUGUCGCUCCCGGCUUUUGGCGCCCAAUCGUCGGCAUCGACGCCUUCGAUCUCAAAGAGGACCAAAUUGACAUUACCCCAUGGCUACCGCUACUUUGCGACGGUCUGGACCAUUCCUUUGAAAUCCGGGUGACCGGCUUGAACGAUACGGGCACCGGGGAGGCUUCCCCGAGCGGAACUGUAGGCAGCUACUGGGUCGUGACUGGCAAGUUGUUCCUAUGGCUGGCUAGGGAUGCCUCCGCUGUUACGACGGGCACUGCACCCACAGUGAUCGUCCCAGCACCCAGCAUUGCCGUAAGCUCUGUUACGGGCGGCACGGGUCCCAACGGCACUAAUGCAACCCUUGACUACACUGUCGCUGUUUCCCGUCACUUCAGUGUCUACAGCACAGUGGUGACUUCCGCGGGCGCAAGCAAUGUGAGCUGGACACAGACGCUUUCUUUCUCCAAUGUUGGAAACUUCUCCGAUGUUGGAAAUGUCCAGAUCACCAACCAGAAGACCACUGGUCUUGACCGAGUUGCAUCCGGCCUGUCGUCCAGCAUAUUUGAACGCACCUACUCAUACCCCCUCUGGGCCUACACCGGCUAUGCCGAGUCUGACUCUAACUUCUCCAUCGAUGCCGCCCUUGACCGUGGCAAGUAUAUUACCACUAUCGGGGCGUCGGCAUUCCCGCUCGGACUCGAAGACUACGGCACCAACGCAACGGGAACUAUUCUGGCGGACCGCCAGAACGGGACUGCGACGUACCUCUCCGUCUCCUCGCCGAGCGCGCAGAGUUUUAGCGCAGGGACGACGGAGCAGGACGUUGCCUUCUCGGCGUCCGAUGUUCAGGGAGAGGAUGAAAAGCUGCUCUACCACAGACACAUCAUCGCGAGUAACGGGACGCUUGUACAGGAUGACGAGGAGUUGUACGGUGGUGAUGACAGCGUCACACCCGAAAGUUCUUGGACAAAGCCGGUAGGCGUGCCGCAGGAGGUACUCGUAAAUGGCUAUGGUGCCAAGAGCAUCAAAGACGUGCUCGGAAGGGGACCCCGGGCAGCCUCUCCUUCAUCCUCAUUGUCGUCUUUAGUGGUGCCAGCGACACGGCUGAAAGGGAGGGACGGAGGAGAGGGGGGUCUUGGGAGCAAGGGUCAAGGGUAG